AUGACGCAGGGGAGAUAUUGUGAGUCUUGCGGAUGGUUCCACGAGCACACUCAAACAUGCUUAUUUGUCCACAAUGGAAACGGCUGUUCGAACACACAAACCGCUGUUGUUGACUGCACUCUCUCUUUGGGACCUCCGUCCACUACAACUACAAGAUUAUCUGAGAGAGACAAGAAGAAGAUGCGACGGUCCAGUACUUCUUCUCGUGUCUCCAGUUUCACGGACACCGAUAAGAACACCUCCAAAACUUCGACGUAUAGCGUCCUUCCUUCUUCCAACCGCCGUAUUUCUGGUGGCGGCGAUACUCUACUUGAUCGUCGCUGUACCAACUGUGAUACAACGUCUACGCCCCUAUGGAGGAAUGGUCCUCGAGGUCCCAAGUCGUUAUGCAAUGCGUGUGGAAUUCGUUUCAAGAAAGAAGAGAGGAGAACGAUGGAUACGACGAGGAUGACAGCUAGCAGCACCGUCGCGCAAGAUCUACACGGACACCAUCCUUCCAGUUAUAGUAACCACAACAAUGCUACUGAUCAGAGCGGAUCGUCAACGUGCAAUUUCGUAGCCAGCGAGAUCAUGUUAAACCAUGACUACGGCGGUGCUGGAGAGUAUUACCGGCGGAACCCCGUAGAUGGAGUUAACGGCCUACCUUCCCACUCGUGGAGAUGUAGAGGAUACGGCAAUGAGUCUUGUCUAUGACUUUACUAGGUGAAAGGAAUCUAAAAAAUUAA